AUGUUCCCGGAUCUACCUGAACAUCUUCAAACGCUCAACGCCAUACCUGGUAACACCCCACCAUCAGCCGCCAUGAACCCCGAGCAGGAAGAGGCAUUUUGGGGUUUCUUACAUGCCGAUGAACUAUUUAGAAACUUUGGUGAUGUACCUUCACCAUCCGAGCAGAAACAACCCUUACCAGAGGACCAAUCAAACUAUCAAUCGAUCGCUCCUAUUUCCGCUCCUGCUCCUACACCAAUCGCUCAAACUCCUACUAAACCUAACGAGAAGGGUUCCGCACCAACAUUAGAAUCAUUCAUUGCAGCUUACAUUGGACAAUCUUCUUCUCAUGGAUCGACUGCCGCUGGUGCCGUAGCUUCUACCUCGGCUUUACCACCCAACUACCUCAUCCCUCUACCUUCGCCAUACACCGCCAACAACAAUGCUAACAUCGUUCAAACUCCCUCUUCGGCACCUACACCAGCAGUUAUAAACACCUCGGAUGUCCUUGGAUCAGCAUCGAUCUUUGGUGAUUCCCCCGAUGACAGAGUGACAGGUGCGAAGAGGUUGAAGCAGUUGGGCGCAGGUCAAGGAGAGAUCGAGGAAGACAAACGAAGACGUAAUACCGAAGCAUCAGCAAGAUUCCGAGCCAAGAAGAAAGAGAGAGAGCAAGCUUUGGAACGACGUGCCAAAGAUCUCGAAGCUCAAUUGGCUGCGUUACAAGCUGAGAACACGUCAUUGGAGAAUGAGAACAGAUUGUUAAAAGCUAUAGUAUUGAACGGUCCCUCAGGUCAACAGUUACCUGCUUCAUUAACCAACUCUUCUACAUCAAGUUCAGGAUCGAACCCACCUUCUUUACAGGCUGCUCUAGCUUCGUUGACACAGAAGAGAAAGAGGGAGGAUUGA